UAGCUCCUCACAUAUACGCGCCCAAUUAUCUCAAGGCCAGCCACAACCAAGUUCACUCAGCCACGGAAUUCAUAAAUUGACUCUCUGCUUGUACGUGUACAAAUCAUUUACCAACGCUACAAGAACCAUCUUCUAGUGCUACAAAAACAUUCUCAUUCACACAAACUCAAUCUCUCCCGUUCUCUCUCUCUCUCUCUCUCUCUCUGCCUUUGUGUUUUCAAUCACUAUGGUGGCUCCUAUGGUGCUAGCUACCGGGCUCAGCGUUUUGGCUGGAGCGGCUCUAGUCAAGUCCGUGUUGGAGCAGAACAAUCCCAUGGCCGGUCCAGGCCAGUUCCCCAGGUGCCCCAGUUGCAACGGCAGUGGUCGAGUCAGUUGCUUCUGUUCUCGAUGGUCUGACGGUGACACCGGUUGUCGGACCUGUGUUGGCACAGGCCGUAUGGCUUGUAGUAGCUGCGGUGGCACAGGUACCGGCCGUCCCAUCCCCGCUCAGCUCAUCAUACGCCCUUCUCGCAAAUCCUAGGCACACUUCCAUGUAUAGGAAUACAUCACUGGUAUAUAUAACUAGUUUCUAGCUUCUUUCCCCCAUCUCUCUUUCUUUUAGAUAUUCAAUCAUAUAUGUUCUUCAGAGAUACUUGUUGUAAUCACAAUUGAUCAUUUGAUUACUUGUAAAAUUUUGAGAUUGACUCUAUAAACUUGUUGCCUAUCA